CUCAGUCUGUUUGAACUUGGUUUUGUGUUGUGUGAGUAUGUAGAUAGAAUGAACGAAGCACGAAAGGUCUACUAUUGUAAAUAAAAAAAAAUAUAAUAAAAAAUAUAAUACUCACAAUGCUACAUGUCGCAUAUGCAAUCUAAUAAUUUUAUAUAAAGUUAAGUUUGAUUUCGAGUGAAGUGCUUAUAUUGUUAAAUUGAAUAAAAGAAUCGCGAACACCAAUACAAGAAUUUUAUAGUCUACUUGAGAAUACUACUGAAGAAGUUUAAUAUUUUAAUAGAUUAUUCUAGGUUACUGGUUAAGAAUAUACGCCACGAGCCGCCGCUGGUAAGAAACAGAAGAAUAGAACGGAAUGACCGCAGAAGCCGAAUGACAACAAAUAUAGUAGUCAGGACAGCGAGAGACGGUUCCCCAAUAGGAAGACGAUCAGUGGGAAGACCACGAAAACGAUGGAACGACAACUUACUAGAGGCACAUUGAAAAAACAGAGAGUCAUAUCUAUACAAAAAGAAGAAGAAGAAGAAGUUAAUAUUUGUGUUUUUAUGUAGUUUGGGCUUAUGUUUUUUAUGUCUUUUGGUUGGUGUUUCAUUGGUCCCCCCGUCAAGGCAAAUCCCCCCAGGCAAGUUUCCCCCAGGCACAUUUCUAGUUCCGCCACUGUUUUUUGCACUUCUGCUCACCUACGGUGAAUUUCAUUUCCUGUGUCGGUUUUUUAUUUAAUCUAGUAAGAUAAUAGUGUCAACAGACGAACUCUUAACAAGCUAUCAUGUACUGAUUAUAAGUUAUCAAGAUAUCGCAGACAGGAUCCCACUUUAUGUGCCGAUCACCUUCCAACUGAUCUCAUUUGAUAUUCGCAGCCGUGCGUUCAAAGUACUGUAUUUAUUUUUUAAACUGGAUUUAUCGGCAUUGGAAAUCAAUCCGAGUAUUUUUAAAUGAUUUGAGGUGAAAGUUCAUUGUUAUCAGCCACUUAGUUGUUUGUUUUCUGCAAAUAAUUUUGUAUUUCAACACGCUUUGAUUUUUACUUAUCACUUAUUUGGUGUCUGGUGUUGCGAAUUUGUAGAUAUUUAUAGAUUUUUACUGUUUUGGAUCAUUUUGUGGGUAGUUCGAAACAAAAAUAGACUCGUAGAUUGAUGAUAAACAAGUAGUUAGUUUCUGUUUAAUUUAGUGAAUUUAGUUAAUUUAAGUUACGUUCAAAUGUUCAAAAACACACCAUAUAAGGAAAGAGAUUGGCAAGUUAUUUCUAUAAGGUCCUGAAAACUGUUCGCCAUGGAUUCUGAAGCAACAUGCCAAGAUUCAAAUGUGUUCUAUGGACUACGAAAUGUUGGUGUCGCACAGUCCGCCCGUUUUUAGCCACAGUCCACCCACCGGGGGUUUUCUCACAGAUUACGCAGCUUUAAGGUUAGGUGCAGAUUUUCCUCGAGCAGCUUAUCACACCACAACGUGCAGACCCCUGCACCAUUCAAAUUCUUUUAACACAAUACCAAAAGUUCCUAUAAAGAUGCCUGCAUACCCCAAGAGGCCUUGCUUAGUGAUACGACCUACCGAAGAAACGUCAAGUUCCAGUGAUGAAGAUCCCACCAGCCCCACGAGACUUAAAAAGAAGGUCGUAUUUGCCGACGAUAAAGGCAUGUCCCUUACUCACGUCCGCGUGAUGACUGAACCAUCCAACGUCCCACCUCUAUGGAGCUACAGAUUCCUAGCAGAAGUAACUCAAGGACUGAACGCAGAUCCCGUGGGACAUGUCGACAGUUGGGAAAUAACCUUUCCUCAACCUGCUUCUGAUUACGUUGCUUUCCGAAAGAGGCUAGAUACGGAUAAUGUCAGUCUAGAAAACGUUAUCAUCAAGGAGGCUGAGGAUAGCAUACUGGGUACCGUUAAAGUGAGAAACUUAUCUUUCCACAAAGAGGUUUUUGUGAGGUGUUCCACUAACGAUUGGAAAAAUUAUGAAGACUGUUUUUGUACCUACGUGCCAAACAAUAUGAAUACUAAUAUUAAUGUUCUUUACGAUACCUUCUCUUUCAAAAUUCCAAUUCCGGUUAACACUAAAAAGCUUGAAUUUUGUGCGUGCUUCAAAUGCGAUGGAAAAGAAUACUGGGAUAAUAACUACAAUAAGAAUUAUGUGCUCUUAAAGAAAUCUACUCUUCACAGAUCUCUGUCCAACGAUGAUAUCUAUUCGAGAAAGGAAACUAAAAGCCAGGCAAUAAGAAAAUGUAAUGAUAUAGUACAAGCAAAAAUGGAAUCGUGGUCAGAAUUUGCUAGUUGGACACAUUUAGAUAAUAAUAGUCCUUACUGGUAAGGGCCAGUUUUGCGUUUUUGUGUUAGACCAUGAACGGCAGCAAAUUUUAAGGAUGUAAAAUAUAUUCAGUACUCUCCGUGAAUUCACCGUUGCCAAAAGGAAGCCAUCUUCAAGAAAUGCUGCUUUUACUGAAGAAGACCGUCUACAGAGCCGGUUAGAACUCUUCAGUAAAGUCGUGUUGGAAAAUGGUUAUUCCAAGUUAAGAAGACCAUAAGAAAAACAAAAGAAACAUAACGGACCGCUCGGUCUAGGACUGAAAUCUGUGAUAUAAGAAAUAUGACCGUUAUUUAUUAAUUAAGAAGUUUUGUGAGUUUAUUCACUUCUUAAGAAGAGAUGUGGUUUUGCUUUGUAAUUUAGUACCUACUCAAAAGACUGAUAUUAUAAUAUUUAGUAAGGUGUAAAUGUUAAGAUUGUAUAUCCUGAGGAUGAUUUUAAAGGUUUAUGUAUAUUACUAUGUAUCUAUAUUAUAACAAAGCGUAUAUUUUUUAAUAGAUCUUUUAAAUAGUGAGUACGUUAGUUCCUUGAUUGAGAAAUUUGGAAUUGUUUGAAUAUUUUUGAUAACAGAAUAAAUUUGCAAUGGCUCGAAAAAAUAAAUGUGGCAUUUAUUUGACAGAUUAAUGACUCGGCGGCAUAAAAUGGUCGUGAACAAGUCAUUAACAUGGUUGUUAACAUGUUAAAUAGACACGUUACAUUUCAUAAAAUGGUUCUGACAUUUUUCAGUGGCUUUAGUGGUGCCUAAGGUUAAAUAUCAUGAUUAAAUGGGGAUUAAGCCACAAUUGAUUGUAAUGAAAAUUACAUUUUAAAAUUGUUAUUUGACGUUUCGAUUUCCACUCUGGAAAUCGUUUAAAAAAGAUUAUUUAAAAAAGUUGUUGGAAGUUACGUUUUUCCAAAUUAAAGGGUGACAUAAUUGGUCUCGAUCCUGUAGACAAAUAGUCAUGGUUUUAGUUAAAAAUUCUGAAAAUGCUGUUCCCUCAGGAUAUCAAAUUCUAAUUAGUUUGUGUAUUUUUAUAUAUGUGUUUAUGCAUUAUGUGUUUAUUAUUAUGUUUAUUAUAUAUUUAUCUAUUAAAUCAGGGAUAGAUUUUAUAGGUAUAAUUAUUAUACUUAAUAUACAGGGUGUCCCGAAAAGAUUGGUCAUAAAUUAUACCACAGAUCCUAGGGCCAAAAAUAGGUUGAUUGAUCCUCACUUACCUAUAUACAAUAGUGCACACAAAAAUGUUACAGCCCUUUGAAGUUUCAAAAUGAAAAUCAAUUAUUUUCAUAUAUCGAAAACUCUUAGAGAUUUUUCAUUGAAAAUGGACAUUUGGGAUUCUUAUGGCAGCAGCAUCUUAAAUAAAAAUUUAAGUGAAAUUUGUAUAACCCAUAAAAAAUUUAUGGGGGUUUUGUUCCCUUAACUUUUGUGUACGUUCCAAUUUAAUUAUUAGUGUGGCACCAUUAGUUAAACACACUGUUUUAAAAACAUUUUUGCCUCUUAGGACUUUUUCGAUAAGCCAGUGUUUAUCGAGAUAUUUUGAAUGUUUAUCUAACCCACCACAUAUUUGUAUAUGGUUAAGUACGAUAAUAGAGACCUGUUAAUAAUAUGAAAAUGUACCUAUUUAUAAUUUACAUUUUUAGGUAUAUUUUGAAAAAGAAGCCACAUCUCGAUAAAAGGUGACAUCCAAAACAGACUAAGAGGCAAAAAAAGUUUUAAAAACACCGUGUUUAACUAAUGGUACCACAAUAAUAGUUUAAUUGGAACGUACACAUUGGGGGGUUUAAAGGAACAAAACUCCCAUAAAAAUUUUAUGUAAAUAUAUUAAGAAAGAAGCCGUAUCUCGAUAAAAACUCGCUUAUCGAAAAAAUACUGAGAGAAAAAGUUUUAAAAACGUUGUGUUUAACUAGUGGUACCACAAUAAUGAAUUAAUUGGAACGUACACAAAAGUUUGAGGGGGUUUAAGGGAUCAAAACCCCCAUUAAAUUUUUAUGGAGUGGAUAAAUCUCACUAUAAUUUUGUUUUAAGAUGAUCCUGCCAUAAGAAUAAUACAUGUCCAUUUUCAAUAAAAAACUCUUUAAUAGUUUUCGAUAUAUUGAAAAAAAUCGAUUUUCAUUUUGUAAUUUCAAAGGGCUGUAACUAUUUUAUGAGCACAUUUGUACUAAGGUAAGUUAGGUUCAAUCGAACUAUUUUUGACUCCAGAAUGUGUGAUAUAAUUUAUGACCAAUAUUUUCGGGACACCCUGUAUAUAGGUACAACAAACAAUACAUAAACAUAUAAUGCAUACACACAGAAUACAUAAUCACAUAAUACAUAAACACACAAAAUAAUCAGAAUUUGCUAUCAUUCUUGGGAACAAACACUAAAAGCAUGGUUAUUUGUCUAUAAGAUCGAGGCCAUGUAAGUCACCCGUCAAUUUGAAAAGCAUAACCUCCAAACAACUUUUUUUAACGAUUUUCGUAGUUGAAAUCGAAACGUCAAACAAUAAUAAAUUACAAAAUGUAAUUUUUAUUACAAUAAUUAUUGCUGAAUCCUAUAUAAACAUAUUUGAAUUACAACUAACUAUUUUUAUUUUAAACUUUGUAAUGUAAUCUGCUAUACCUAUACUAGUGAGUAUUGUGCUCAGAGUCUGUAAUCGUGAUCAGUGGCGUAGCUAGGGUGGGUGACACCCGGGGCGGUAAUCGAUGGUGUCACCCCAAAUCCUAAAAAUCCGAUAACCGUAUGUUUUGAAUAAUGAAAAAAUUAAGAAUUAUAGUUAACGAAACUGCAGUAAAUAGUAUAUCAUCGUCGUCGUCUAACCUCUAUCGUCCACUGCUGAACAUAGGCCUCUUUUAAGUUUCUGCAUGUCUCCUAUCUCGAGCUACCACUACCUAGUUCCCGGCAGUUCUAUAUAAUAGUUUAUUUACUUUUUUGUUUUACACUAUGUGAAUGAAUUAAAAUAUUUUUUUAGCUUUACUAGCGAAAAGUUCUGAAAUCACAUUUUCUAUAUUUAUGUUUUGUGUUGCUUCAUGUUCGAUAGUUAAUCAUCAUCAUCCAGCCUCAAUAGUCCACUGCUGAACAUAGGCCUCCUCCCCUCGUUUCCAUCUCCAUCUAUCCUGCGCCGCUCUGAUCCAGUUUUUUUAGCUUUCUUAAGUCGUCAGUCCAUCUUGUAGGCGGUCGACCGACGCUUCUCUUGUCUUCUCCUGACCUCCAUUCCAGUAACCUCUUCGUCCAUCGCCCAUCUGUCGUUCUGGCUAUGUGUCCUGCCCAUCUCCACUUCAACCUGGCUAUCCUUUCGAUGACGUUAGUCACCUUUGUUCUUCUGCUAAUUUCUUCGUUUUUGAUUUUGUCUCGCAUUGUUAUUCCUAACAUUGACCGCUCCAUUCUCCUAACAUUAAUUGCUCCGUUCGAUAGUUAAUAAACCGAGGUUAUUAAGCCUUGUUGACGUCAUUGUUUCUCGCAAGUAAUUCUUGAUUGAUUUUAGCUUCCCAAAACUUCUCUCACAUGAAGCAACCGAUGCAAAAAUGGUCAUAAACAAGUUUAAGGCGACCAAGUUUGGGAGAGAUUCCAUAAAAUCGCAUUCCACCAUGAAUUUUAAAAAGUCUACAGCUAACCAUUUAGAUACUGUAAUAUUGGCCGCUUGUAAAAGUCUUCUAAGCCUUGGUAUUUCUAACAGGAGGUCUUCUUCUGAUACCUCUUCAUGGUAAAAGUCACAAAAUGUUUUACUGUUCGUGGAAAAGUAAAGUGUGUGUCUGCACAGCCUCGAACAAAAAAGCCAUAUGGAUGGACUGAUCUGGUUUCGAGUUCAACAUUGAAUGUCAAAACAUUUCAACAUAAUAUUAUCUUUUUGAAGUUCGGCUCGAAGUGUAGAGUUUUUAGGUAGAAAUGUCGUCGUCUUCAUAUUUUGUCGUUGCAAAAUAUAUGUAUUACUUUAUUUUAUAAUAUGAUUAUGUUUUUCUUCAAUAUAAAGACGAAGUACCCCUAUUUUGGUCGCUGAUUGAUCAAUGCCUUUAAUUAUACAAAGCGGGCAUAAGGUUAUGUGUGGCACCUCUGGUGUAUACAUUUUCUUGUUGAUGAGAGACUUUGUAAAUUGAAGGAACAACACUAUAAAAAUGUUCUGCCAAUACUUUAACUGCAGCCAGCAUAGUGCGCAGUGACUGAGAACUCCAACGCGUUGUGGAAAGUCGCUUAACAGAUGUUUUGCUGUGUUUAAUAAGCACUUCCUAGCAGCUAAUGGAAACACAUAAAAAACUUAAAAAUUGCUUCUUCAGUUGUGAAAAAUGUUAUACAAGAUGUGUUUUGUGCAAAAGAGUGCUGGCCACAUAAAUUAAUUAAAUGAUCAAUAGAUCCGAGGAAAAUGGCCUUUUUGAUUUUUGCUUUAAUAAUAGCUUGUAUUCCUCCAUGUACGCCGCUCAUAACAGAUGCAUUAUCGUAUCCCUGUGAACGGUAUUUCAUAAUAUUUCUACACCAUCAAUUUCAAGCUUCUUGAGAAUUUCGUUACUUAGAUUAACUGCUUUUUUCCAUUUAACGGAAAAAAAUCCAAGAAAUGCUUCUUACACCUCGACUUCUCUCGGUUUCGUCACAGUAUAAAGAGGAACAGUAAAAUUUCUUCUAUGUAGGCACUUUGAUCUCAAGAAGUACUACCGGAAGUUAACCGGUACGUAGCAAUGCGAGAGUGGUACUCUAGCGGUCUAGCGACUGGGAACCUUGCGCGGUCGCCAUGCGCCUUUUUUACUUCUUACUUCUUUACUUCUUUUUACGAUUUUACUUCCAAUUUUUCUCAGAGCAGUUCUAGUGUCCCUAUUUAUACUGUGGUUUCGUGUGUUCACAAAAUAAUAUCGAACUUUAGAUUGAUACGUGAGUAAAGUCACAAAUUAAUGAUUUAUUCUUUUGUGAUCGGGUCUCUCGGGUGUCACCCCUGAAGGGGUGACACCCGGGGCGGACCGCCCCCCCCGCCCCACCCUAGCUACGCCAUUGAUCGUGAUGCUAUUAGGCAGGUGGCUUUUGCAGAAAAAGGUCUAUUUUAUACAUAAAAGCUAAAAAUUAUUUUAAUCAAUGGAUUAUGAGGCCAAUGGCAAUAUGCUAUAUUGAAGUGGUAUACAAAUUAUAAAAAUUUUCCUUUUUGCUUCCAGACCACGUUCUUUUAUUAAUUUGGGUUAUUUUAAGACAUAAUUUAUUCUUGUGAUUUUUUCGUAAAAUGCUUACUUAUUAAAAAUGCCGAAAAAACUCAAUUUUGAUGUUUUUUGAGGCUAUUUUUCGAUAGGUUGGACAUCGAAUUUAAAACAACAAAAAUUAUGUGUUGUCAGCUUAAGUCAAGUAGUUCCAAAAUGCGCAAUAUUAUUUAGAUUUUAUAUGCAAAAGUCAUAUUAAAAUAUCCAUAAACAAAUUGAUAUACCGUUGCCUUUCGAGAUAUUAUAUAGACUUGACAAACACCUGAACUCUAACGUUUGAUACACAUUGUUUGUUUCUUAACCACAAGCUGAAUCUUAUUUUAUUUAAAAGAAAUGAUGCUAUAUUCUAUAUUAUUACAGUUAAAAGUUUACCUGAAGUUUACCACGCUAACCUACUUGUUAUAAGUAACCAAAAGAAUAAAUUGGUUUCUAAUAUUGGCUUUUAAUAUUUUUUUAUUUGUUCCAAAAUUGUUAUAAACAAGCAAGUUCCCGUGGUAAACUUUGGGUAAACUUUUUACUUUAAUUUUGUAGCAUCAUAUUCUCUUGAUUAUAAAACAAGAUUUAGUUUGUGGAUAAAAAAUUAUUAAUGGGUUUGGAACGUUAAAAUUCAGAUAUUUGUCUGGACUAUAUAUCCCGAAACGCAACGGUAUAUCAAUUUGUUUAUGGAUUUUUAAACUGACCUAUGCCAUAAAAAAAAUGAAAAUGGAAUUUCGCAUUUUGAAAUUACUGGACUCAGCUUUCAUCAUAUUUUCUUUUUGGUUUUUUUUUUUAAUUCAAUAUCCAACCUAUUCAAAAAUGGUCUCAAAAUAAGCCAAAAUCGGCCUUUUCGGCAUUUUUAAUGGCUUAUUUGCAUUUUAGGCUUAAAGUAGGUAUUUUACAAAAAAUUACAAGAAUAACUUUCGUCUUAAAAUAACCCAAAUUAUUGAAAUUAAAAUAAGAAAAAAUAAAUUUUUAUAAUGUGUUUAAAAAUUGUUAUAAAUUAAUAUAAAUGUUGCUAUGGAAAAUUUUCGGUAAACUUUUAAACAUAUCAUAUUGGCAUCAUUUGUCCACAAGUUUCAUCGUGUGGGUAUGAAAUCAACCUUUUUCGAGAAAAACCACCAGCCCAAAUUUAUAGCCCAAAUGUGCCCACAUACAUAAUUGUUAGAAUUUUAUACUUUUGAAGUUACUACAUUUUAAUGGUUGGCUGAUGUACUAGUGUAUAUCAGGGUUAUUUUAAUUAAAUUUUAUUUUAUUGACGUUAUAAUUUACUUUAACUUUCUGUAGUAAUUCGUUCAAAUGCUUCUUCCUUGUAGGCUUUUUUGUAUGCAAAUCUUUAUAAAUAUACUCAAUCUAUACCUUUCUAUAUUUCUUGCCAAUGGAAGAAAUUUCGCUGAAUUUUCAACACUUAACACUAAAGGUAUUCUUCUACCUCGCAUUUCUUUCACUCUACCUAUCAAUUAGUAAUUACAAGUAAAAGUUUUCAAAAUUUUAUGUUUCGCGAACUGAAUUCUUUUAUUUGAUGGUAUCGUUGUAUAAGUAGUUUUGAAGGCUAAAAAAUGGUAGUUGUGAAGUUGAAAAUUCCUUUUAUAAUUUGACUUUUGGUGUAUUUUUCAGUAUCUUCAUACCUUUCUUCUAUGGUUUUAUUACUAUUUUUCUUGUUUGCUUCCAUUUACCAUAAUACGUUGUGAAAUAAAAAAAUUAAACUAGUAGAGGUGGGAAUUUUUCAAUGAAAAACCUAUAAAUUUACGUUAUAUUAAUAGUUUACAAUUUUUAGACGUUUUGGAGGAGUUUGGCAACUACCACUGUGACAGGAGAAUUUUUUUAAGAAUUUUUUUAAAUUCUCCUGUGACAGUUUGACUCAAGUACGUCUAAAGGUGUUAAACUAUCAUCGUAAAUUUAUAGGUGUCUAUUGAUAAUUUCCCACCCCUACUAAUUUCAUUUCUUUUUAUUUCGCAACUUAUUAUGUUUUCCGUCUUUUCCGUUAUUUUGUUGUUUAUUGACGCACUCAUCACUGUAUAUUUGAUACUACUGUUUCUACUGUUAUCUUCCUUUUCUAUUGUAUUUUCUUUUUUGCAUUAAGAAUGGGUAUCUCCGUUUUGAUAGGUUGAUUAUUGGUUAUGUUAGGCGAGGCUAAGUAAUAUGCCAAUUUUAAAUUUUUUUAUAUAAUCAAAUGACUAUCAUCUUCUGAAUAAUGGUGUCUAUAACAUGUCUAUCAUCAAUACCAAAAAAAUAAUUGACACGUGUUCAGAAUGGGCAAAAUGCUCAAAAAGGAGUAUCACUGAGCCACAAGCCCUUAUCCCUUGCCACACUGUUCCUUCAUAGUCCGAUCAGACGGCUAACGCUUUUAACGCUAUGUAUAUCUUAUGCAAUUUACUAUUUUACUUAUGAAAUGAGCCACAAUUUAAGUUGGAAAUUAAAUUUAUUGGCGGCGACAACGACGACUUCCACUUCGGAAAUCAUUAUCUAAAUACAAAUAUAAAUAAAUUAAACAAAUUUUUUACACAAUUUAAACAAAACUAAAUACAAAAUAUAAAUAAAUUAAACAGAUUUUGUUUAUUUGAUUAAUAUUUUGUAUUUUGAUAACGAUUUACGAAGUGGAAGUCGAAGCGUCAAUAAAUUUAAUUCCCAACUUAAAUUGUGGCUUAUUUCUCAAGUAAAACGGUAAAUUGCAUAAGAUGCCACAAAGAAAUAGUUUCAGAACAAUAUGUAUAUCUUACUACCUACUUAAUUUAGAACUAUAAUUUGUCUAAAAUUUUUAUUCGGAAAUGUUACUAAUUAAAUUACCAACUGGAUUUAAAAAAAGUAUCUAGAUGCCACAAAAAGCUUUCAAACAACGCUUUUAAUCUCAUUUAACUUGUUUAUAUUUACAUACACAAGCAGAAACCAUUUUAUAAAUCAACCAUUAUGUUGUUUUAAUUUUAAAACUUUUUUUAACUGUUAAGUAGGUUGUGAAAAGAAUGAUUUCAGCUUGUCCCUGUACCAUAUAUUUUAUUUUAUUUUUAUGUUAUUUUCGUUUUAGAAAAUGCUCAAGAAUGAAAUAUAAAACAAUUUCAAAUUUUUAUGUCUACGUAGAUGCAAUAUCGAGUUGUGUACCUAUUUUUAGUUGUAUGUAAUUAUUAAAACUUGCAAAAUGGUUUAUAUUGUCAUCUGAUUAUUAAUUUAUAAAUAAAAUUGUUAAAUUUA